AUUAGAUGCAGAUGACACACACAGGGGUAAUCUCACAGAGAGCAGAGUGGGAAACCGAAACGUGUGCGUGACUGUGACGUGCGUGCGUGCGUGUGCGUGUUGGUUGUGUGUUUGGUGUGAAAAGCAGCACAUCCGCCUGGCUGACGGGAGAUGUUUGGCCAGCUCCUGGCUGGUUAUGGACGUCUUCAGUCAAAGCAAAGGUGCUGUUAGGUGCUAAAGAUGAGUAGUGGAGGGGGGGACACCCCGGAGCCCCCCAAAGGGGAGACUCUGAAGAGGAAAGACUGUCACUCAGACCUCCCAGGACCCAGCCCRAAGAGAAGCACGGAGAGACGGAACAGGGAGCAGGAGAACAAAUACAUCGAGGAGCUGGCAGAGCUGAUCUUCGCCAACAUCAACGACAUGGACGACCUCAACGUCAAGCCAGACAAGUGUGCCAUUCUGAAAGAGACGGUGAAGCAGAUCAGGCAGAUCAAGGAGCAGGAGAAGACUCCGGUGGCUGAUGCUGAGGAGGURCAGAAAGCAGACGUCUCUUCCACAGGGCAGGGUGUCAUUGAUAAGGACACUCUUGGUCCAAUGAUGUUGGAGGCUCUGGACGGUUUCUUCUUUGUUGUCAACAUGGAGGGUAACAUAGUGUUUGUGUCGGAGAACGUCAGCCAGUAUUUGCGCUACCAGCAGGAGGAGCUGAUGAACACCAGCGUCUACAGCGUGCUGCACGUUGGAGAUCACGCUGAAUUCAUCAAGAACCUUCUGCCCAAGAGCCUGGUCAAUCAUCGCAACGCUGAUUCGUCCAGCAGGAACAGCCACACUUUCCACUGCCGCAUGCUGGUCAACCCUCAUGCUAACGGUGAAGCUCCGCUGGUCCCCGAGCAGCCGGACGCUGCACAGCAGAAGUAUGAGACCAUGCAGUGUUUCGCUGUCUCUGAACCAAAGUCUAUCAAGGAAGAGGGGGAAGAUUUCCAGUCCUGUCUCAUAUGUGUGGCACGAAGAGUUCCUGUCAAAGAGAGGCAGGUGAUGCUGGCGCAUGAGAGCUUCACCACGCGGCAGGACCUCCAAGGUAAGAUCACUUCACUGGACACCAGUGUGCUGCGGGCGUCGAUGAAGCCGGGCUGGGAGGACCUGGUUCGGCGCUGCAUCCAGAAGUUCCACCUUCAGACUGACGGGGACAUGUCCUUUGCCAAGAAACACCAUCAAGAAGUGUUGAAGAACGGCCACGCUCUCAGUCCUCUGUACCGGUUCUCCCUGACAGACGGCACCAUCGUCUCGGCUCAUACGAAGAGCAAACUGGUCCGAUGUUCAGCCACUAACGAACCACAGCUCUAUAUGUCCCUGCACAUCCUGCAGAGGGACAAUACUGGGAGCCUGACUGCAGACAUGUCUGGUGGCCAGGAUGUGGGAAAGUCACUGACCCCAACCAGUCUGAGUGGGACCUUCCCUUCACCUGACGCCAGUGUGACCAGCAACACCCAUCACUCCACAUCAGCCCCCAGCACCCCAGGACGUGUUUUUGGAGCCAUACCAGGACGGGCGACGACUCCUCAGGGAAGCUGCCAUUCUCUCAAACUGGACAGCCCUUCAGCCCAGGGAAGCCCAAGCGUCACCUCAGGGGCCCAGAGCACCAUGAUGUCGCCUCGCCAUCGCCAGAGUCCUAGCACGGCGGCUAGCAGCAGCACUUCAAGUAGCCCUCACCUCCUCCAGCAUCCGCCCGGCUCCUUCUCUCCUGCCGGCCUCCACUCGUCACCGUCUGUGUGCAGCAGCACAGGAACCAGCCAAGGCUUUAACUCCCUUAGUGCGCUGCAGGCUCUCAGCCAGGGCCACAGGAUUUCUCCGGGGCUCACCGAGGUACCACGUUCAGAGUCACCGGACCAAAAACUACCAACCCUUCAGAGUCCCCUACACAGCACUAGCAACGGCACAACACAACUUCCCAAGAGCAAUCCCAGUUUAGAGGCUGAUUUAUUYGGACCUUUUGAAGAGCAGGAAGAUUUCCUGUCGUCUCACACCCAGGAUGRUGAAAAGGACGACGAGAAAGACGGUGAUCUGGACAGCUUGGCAGGUAACGGAAACCUGGGAGAGCUUGGUGACGCGUCGAACCGCAAUCUGAACACCAAGGGCCACACCAAGCUGCUCCAGCUCCUCACCACCAAGUUAGAACCCUCUCCCAGCUCACCAUCGGGGUCCGUGGGGGACGAMCAGAACUGUAAAGACCAGCCGUGUGGUGUGGCCGGGGCAGGACUUAACAACCAGUCAACUUCAUUAAAAGAAAAACAUAAAAUUCUCCACAGACUGCUGAAGAACAGCACUUCGCCCGUGGAGUUGGCCAAGCUAACAGCUGAGGCUACCGGGAAAGACCCCGUUGGUUCAGAGUUGGCCUCUGGGGACAGCAUGGCUGCUCUGAGUGAACUCUGCAUAAAACAGGAGCCGGGGAGCCCUAAGAAGAAGGACAAUGCUCUGCUUCGCUACCUUUUGGACAGGGACGAUAACGGUAUUCUCGACAAAGCCAUCAAGAUGGAACCAGUGGACGGACUGAAGCUGYCCAACAUUAAGACGGAGAAGCAAGACGCAGGUUUUAAUUUGGCGGAGCAGACCUCUGAGCUGGAGGACCUGCUAGAGGACCUGCAAAAUGGCGGCCAGCAGCAUCUGUUUCCCAGUCAGCCUCCACCCUCUUCAUCUUCCUCAUCGGCUGUGCCGCCCGGCUCGUCCGUGGACAAACAGACCAUCAUCAGUGACAUYCUGCAGCUGAGUGACCGCAGUGGCUCCCCCGGCCAACACAGAGCCUUCCCCYCCGUCGGCCCUGCCACAGGCUUCAGCAGUGCCAGAGCAGAGCAGCAAGGUGCUCCUCCAGUCAGGAGCCUGUCUCUGGACAGCAGCGUGGGCUCCAGCCCCACCAGGCCUUUCCCCCCCCACCACAGGCACAACGCUCCCUACUCCUUACUGCAGCAGCAAGGCAUGAUGGGAACCCAUCCUGGCAUGACCAAUCAGGCUGGAGCAGCCAACACGGGUACUCGGGGCUCCAUGCAGCAAGGUUGGGGUCCCCAGGGGCCCAUGGUUGGCAACGUGGGGCCCAUGAUGGCCCAGGGAUUUGGCCGCAUGGUCCCAAACAUGAACUCUGCGCUCCCCACCAGAGGCAGCGCUCCACCCGUGUCCAGAGCCAUGGCCAGCAUGCAAAUGAUGAGCAAUGACCUGGACAUGGCCGCCCCUCCAUACCAUUCGCAGCAUGCUCCGCCCAAUCAGACAGCCCCAUGGCCAGAUCGAAUGAUGAUGGAUCAUUAUGGGAACCACAGCAGGCCGUCGUACGGCGUUCCUCAGGAGGACGGGAUGGCUUGUUGUGGCUCUGGGCCUGAAGGCCACGCAGACGAGGGCGCUCUGCUGAACCAGCUGUGCUCCAUGCUGAAGGACUACGAGGGUCUGGAGGAAAUCGACAAGAUGCUGGGGAUCCCAACGCUAGCAGGACAGGGUCCUCUAUCAGACCAGGAGCAGUACCUGGGCUCCUCAGAACCUCCAUCCAGUCUGAAGCCUCCCCUCUACAGUCAACACUACGGUGGGCAGCCAGGUUACGGCAGCAUGCCCCCUGAUGCCGGGUACUCCACUCCAUCCAUGGGCGGCCACWUGGGGCCUCAAAGAAUGGGACCCGCAGGAUACCCCCCUAUGAUGAGAAUGCCUGGUGGCCCGGGACCACGACCACCUGGCAUGAGACCUGGGGGGCCCAGUUCAAUAGUACCCCCACAGCCAAACAACCUGAGGCUGCAGCUACAGCACCGACUCCAGGCCCAGCUGAAUCGUCAGCCAAUGGUGAACCAGAUGGGCGGAGUUUCCAAUWUGAAUCUACCUCUAAGGUCUAAUGUACCAAACCAGGGAACUCUCAACGCCCAGAUGCUGGCCCAGCGUCAGCGCGAGUACCUCAGCAACCACCUCCGUCAGCGUCAGCAGCAGCAGCACAUGCACCAGCAGCGCACCAUGAUGAUGCGGGCGCAGGGCAUAAACCUGCCGCCGAGCAUGCCUGGCGGGGGCGCCGCCGCCGCCACGCCCAUGCCGAUGGGCGGCACCAACCCCCGGGUGCCCCAGGGCAACCUGCAGCGGUUUCCCUACCCGGCCUCCAGCUAUGGUACAGGCCUGCCCUCUCCUCCUCCUCCUCCUCCACCUCAUCCCGGCUCCUCCAGCCCCUUCUCCUCCCCUCUCUCCCCCAGUCAUCUUCUGGCAAGCCAGGGCAUGAUGGGAAAUGUAGGCGGGCAGUACAGCGGUGUAAUGAGCCCAUCACAGCACAGUGCCUUCCAGUUCAGCAGCUCAGGAAUGAGCCAGCAGCAACAACACCAGGACCCAGCAUCAUGCUUCCCAUGYGGGGCGACCACUCCGCAGAGCCCCCUGCUGUCCCCCAGGAUGGGCCAGGGUCAGAGCUCCAUGAUGCAACAGAACCAGGGCCAAACCCAAGCCCCGAACCAAGGAGGCCCCCCCAGCUAUCCGUCCAGUGCUGACCUGAACGGGUGGUCUCAGCCUGCAAACAUCUCCACCAGCAACAGUGUGUACACGCAGCAGUCUCAGUACUCCACACAAGCCAGCGGUGGAAUAUACGACAGCAGCAGCAUGAACCUGGGCGUGUCCAUGGCCAGCGGUGGAGGCAACAUGAACCCCAUGUCUGCACAGAUGAAUGAACAGGUGAGUGAUGGCAGCCUGAUCCUGGAGCAGCUGGCAGGUUUAGACAUGAUUACGCAAGAGACUGACGUCGAUUCUAAUUUUUGCUGACCACGGCCUUGGUUGGGACGAGGUAACACAGGGACCCAUGCAAAAACACUGGCACCCAUGGCAUUCAUGGAAAAAGUAUGAAGAAGCUGAAGGAAACACUGCUCCUCUCUCACAUCCGCCGUUUUAGAGGCACGAAGGAUGAAGGAGAGACGGACACGUAAAGGUCUCUGAACUCAGACGGCUUUAGUUCCUGUUUUAUAUUUUAUGCAAACGUCAGAGAUYCCAGGGAAACGACCAUCUGAACCAUCCUGACCGCAAACACACAGCUUUUAGAAUCAUCACAAAAAGAAGGAUGUCCUUUCUGAUUCAGGGUCUGUGGGACACAUUUCAGUCGUACGGUUAUUCAGAACAUGUUUUACAGUAUUUAUCUGUUCGUUGUUGUUUGGUAACUUACAUGUGGUGCUAAACCAGUCGAGUCAAAGCUACUCCAAAAACAGAACCGUAAUUACCAAAAAAUAAAUCAAAUUUUCCUUGUAAAUUAUGCA